AUGGAAUACCAACCUGUGUUUGGGUCUUCCAGAACACUUCUUCUUGUUCUGAGAACAUUUCUGGUGUACGCAAAGAGCCUGAAGCAUGAGGAUGCUCAUCAGCUGGGGUCCCUGGUUUCUGAUAUGGAAGCUGGAUUCAGAGAGUCGAAAAGGGAUUUUACUUCCAUACAUAGGAUUGAAAGAUCCAGAGAGAAUUUGGAUACUGCAGUUUCCAGGUUGCAAGACAAGCUCAUGGUUUGGAGGCCCCAGAUCAAAGCAGCUUUUGGUUCUUUUGAAUCUCACUCGGAUUCUCAAUCUCCCCUGGGAAACUAUGCUCGCUGGAUGUGUUUUGCCUACUUGGUAGUGAAGAAUAUACAGGAUAUGCUCACCUGGAAUCGCAGGAUACCUCCGAUGGUCCUCCGCAAACUUGAAGCCCUGGAAGAGAUGCUUUGGAGUGUUAUCAAAUUUGUCCAGGUUAUUUAUUCUCGUCGUGUCCUAAUAUUCCAAAGAGGUAAGUUUAGAAAUCUUUUGACUCAAUUUGGAGCUGGACUUGUCCGCACAGCAAGUCUCUGUUAUUUGUGCUUGGUCGAUAUUACUAAUGAUUCAGAUGAAAGAAUGGUCAUUGUGCUCAGUGAUCUGAUGAUGACGAUCAAGCCUAGAACCCCUCAAGUCAUUGAAGGGUAUCUGGAAGAACUUAAGGCCUUACAAUCUGCUAAAAACCUAGUAUUAUCUUUGGCUGUAGCUAGUUUGAUAUUACUGGGGGGAUUCCUUAGUUUGUACCCUCUUUAA